AUGUUUGCAAAGAGGUCGUAUUUUGUCAGAAAGGGCACGGUGGGCCUGUUACAAAAAAGACUUUGCUUUAAUUCUUCAGCAUCAACAUUUGCAAGGUCGUUUCAUAGUACACCCCUUGCUGCAAAAAUCGACAUUCCUGCCGAGCAGAAAUGCAAGGAGCUUCUAGGAAAACUUCCAAAUCUAGAAUACAUUUUUCAGAAUGAGGAUGGGUCAAAAAGGAUCCCUUCAGAAGGUGAAUUGAAGAUUAUAGCUUUUUUAAACAGCUAUACCAAGACCCGUAAAUUAAAUUGGAUUGAACUUUUUACGUACCCGAGACAGUAUAAAGAUUUAUAUUUGCAAAAUGAUCAGGAUCUCGAGAAGUUGAAAGCUAGUUCAGGCUUAAUUAUUGACAAGAUUCCGUAUGAAGAUACUGCUACUGGUGAAAUUAAGUGGAAGAUUGUUAGAGAUAACGAAGAGAAGGAAGGAUGGGAAAACAUUGCUCAUUUUUUGUUUAUACCAGCAUUCUGCUUUCUAGUCGUGGCGUUGUGCUGGAGGGAUGAUAUGAACGUGACAGAAUGGGCUAAAAGAGAGCUUCUUUACCGGGUGAAAAGCAAGGCCGAAAAAGAAGGUGACACUGAGGCACUAAAAACAUUCGAAAAGUUUGGUGACAAGCCAGAAGGAUAUGAAUUUGAUCUGGCAGGAUUUGAUAAAAAUGAUGACGUUAUCGUUGAACGCAUAUUAUCUGGCGAGUACGAUAAAAUGGCUAAAUUGAAAGUUAAACAACAUCAACAACGUCAGGAAUAA